GGCAUUUUAGGUUGUAGAGGGAUUGCUUUGAUCUCAUUAUUUAUUUUUCGACCGCCUCUCCCACGCCCACUCUCGGCGUUUUUCCGCCGCUCGUCUAAUCGGCGCCGUCCCUUACGCGCCCGGGCGUCGGCGCCGCUCGAUCGUCCUCGCGGGCAGCCGACACCAGCCACCUCCCCUCCUGUCCGAGCACGAAGCCGGCUGCUGCUUGUCCUUGUUCCCUUGCAAGCUUCUCCGAUAAUCAUAUGGCUGCUCCUCUCUCCCUCAAAGAUUACCUCAAGCGAUACGAGUCAACGGGCGAAGAUGACGAGAAGAAAAAGAAGAAGAAGAAGAAAAAGGAGAAGGUCAAGCCCAGCUCUAUGGGUGGCAUCCUAGUGGUGGACGAAGAUCCCGUGUGGCAAAAACCUGUCCAAAUUGAACAAGAAGAGUCAGAAUCUGCUGAUGAAGAAAAACCACAAAUUGAUGAGGAUAUUGAGGUCAAAAGGAUGAAGAGACUGGAGUCCAUUCGUGCACGGAAACCCUAUCAUGCAAUUUCAGAAGAUGGGAGUGGUUGGGUCUCAAUUUCCAAUUCCUCAAAACAUACAAAGGUCACUGAGCCAAGAUCGAGGUUCGACACUCCCUCUCCAAGGACCAGGGAGGCUUCUCAUUGUACAGACAUCUCACCUCCGCAGCGCAGGCAGCGGCGGGCUGAUACACCUCCUGAGGCUGAGACAGCACUACCUGUUAAUCAAGAGAUGGAUAUUUCACCGCCAAGAAGAACCAGGGAGCCAUCUUUCCCAAGCCCUGAUCUUUCUCCUCCCAAGAGAGGCGGAAAGCAUUUGUCUAAUGAUCUAUCUCCUCCUCGUAAUAUAUCCACCCGCACACAUAAUCCAUCCGACCUUUCCCCUCCAAGGAGGAGUCGGAGAUUUUUGUCACCUGAUGCAUCCCCACCACGGCAAACCCGUCACAUAUUUUCAGAUGACACAGGGCCCCCAGCUUCCCCUGUUGGAGAUCUUUCUCCUCCAAGGAGAGGUAGUAAAGACUUGUCCAAUGACCUCUCUCCUCCACGCCGGACUCGUCCACAGUCUCCUGAAGCUAUUAGAGGCCGGAAUUCCUCUCCCACUGAUCUUUCUCCACCGAGGAAGAGCAGGAAGGUUCUUGUGGAGAAGGAGCCUAGAAGGGGUGGAUUACUUUCAGCUAAAGAUCUUAGAGAAGAGAAUGACAGGACGAGGAAGGAAGCACUGUCAAGAUUUGCAUCCUUGGAUCCUAGUUUGAGUGGUAAAAGUGCAAAGCCAGUAUAUCGUGAUGCAAAAGGGAAAGCUAUUUCAAAGGAAGAGCUAUUGAAACCAAAGGAAGAAGAGAAACCAAAGGAAAAAAAAUUGGAAUGGGGUAAAGGCUUGGCACAGAAGAGGCAAGCUGAAGCUAACACUAGAGAAUUAGAACUUGAGAAAGACAAACCUUUUGCUCGUAUGAAGGAUGAUCCUGAUCUUGAUCAGAUGUUAAAGGAGAGAGUUCGAUGGGGCGAUCCCAUGGCACAUCUGGUCAAGCAGAAGAAUUCAGAAAUAAUAUUAGAAGAUCUUGGCGAGAAUGAAGCAAUGAAGGAAUCUGGAUUCAUUAUCCCUCAGGCGAUUCCAGCUCACAGUUGGCUUAAACGAGGAGUAGAUUGCCCUCCAAAUCGUUAUGGAAUCAAACCUGGUCGCCAUUGGGAUGGAGUGGACCGCAGUAACGGGUUCGAGAAGGACAUGUAUAAGAGACAGAAUGAGAAGCGAGCCACUGAGAGAGAGGCAUACCUGUGGUCCGUCUCCGACAUGUGAAGAUCUUUCAGUGGUUUUCUUUUUCAGAGUUCGUGAACAAAAGACCUGCUUUUUGUGGUUUAUGGAAGAAAUCUUGAGUGUUCAUUGAAUUUGCUGCGCCUUUCUUCUUUUGAGCUCAUGAUCUAUUUGUCAAUUUGCUUGUGUAAAAAAGCAAAUGGGAGGAAUUGUGAGGUUAGCAACAAAAAUGGGCAUGUGGCUAUAAAAUAUUUCACCUGAACAAACAAUUCGAGAUUUUAAUUCUCAAAACUAAUGUAAUAUAAUUUUAUGUAUCAUAACUAUUUUAGAGAGAAAAGGGCAUGUGGCUAAAAUUAAUAAUAUUUAUGUUGCAGAAA